GCGCGCCAGCAGCCAGACGCCUGCAGCUUGCGGGUCCGGAUCCGAGCGAGAGUGUCGCCGCGGGCAGGUCUCGACACGCUGCCCUUGGAGGCCGAGUGAAGGAGGCGCACCGAGCGCGCGGUGGAGCCCGCGAUCCGAGGUCGGCGCGGGGCUGGGCCUCCGGGACCCCGGGUCUGCCCAUCGGCCCGGGGAGCAGGUUGCGCGCCGCGCUUUUGUGCUUCCGUUCGUUGCUGUUCCGGCUCUGCGAGCUGCGGCCCCCACGCAGGUAAAGGCGCUCUGAUUUGGGGAAGCACAAGUCGACCUUUAAACGAGUUUCAUUCUUUAAAAGACUGGUGAUACAGAUGGAUAAGCACGUCUUUUCCACAUGUUUGUCAAGUAGACAGGAGGGGUCAGUGGCAUCUGGGCCCAGGCAGCUUUGAGGAGGGACCAGACAUCCCCACCACCCAGGUACACAGCGGAGACGCGGACACCACCGCACCCGGCCAGAAGCCUGGCUUCCUCGUGGAAAGUCUCUGGCUGCCAGCACCCCUGGGCAGGGAUAUGGCCUCAAGCUGGCUAGGGGCCAGGGGGCAGUGCCUCCGUUUGCUGAAGACGAGGGGCAUCUUGCUGCUGAAGCUCUCGGCCGCCAUCUUGGCCGUGCUUGUCUUCUGUGAAUUUCUGAUCUACUACCUCGUUAUCUUCCGGUGCAGCUGGCCCGAGCUGAAAACCCCUGAAGGUGCUGGCACCCUUGGGGCUCCCAAGGCCCCUGAGCCUGUGCUCAGGGCCAUGUUCUUGGCUGACACCCACCUGCUUGGGGCCGUAAGAGGCCACUGGCUGGACAAAUUACGGAGGGAGUGGCAGAUGGAGCGAGCCUUCCAGACAGCGGUAUGGCUGCUGCAGCCGGAAGUUGUCUUCAUUCUGGGGGACAUCUUCGAUGAGGGGAAGUGGAGCUCCCCCGAGGCCUGGGCGGACGAUGUGGGGCGCUUCUGGAAGGUGUUCCGACACCCGCCCCACGUGCAGCUGCGGGCCGUGGCUGGCAACCACGACAUCGGCUUCCACUACCAGAUGGACACAUACAGAAUAAAACGAUUUGAGAAAGUUUUCAACCCUGAAAGGCUGUUUUCUUGGAAAGGAAUUAAUUUCGUGAUGGUCAACAGUGUUGCGCUGGAAGGGGACGGCUGUGACAUCUGCUCCAGGGCAGAGGCUGAGCUCCUGGAAAUCUCUCACUGGCUGAACUGCUCUCGGGAGGAGCAUAGCCCCCGUGGGUGUGGAGACAGGCAGCGGCUGCCGGCCUCAGCCCCCAUCCUGCUACAGCACUUCCCGCUUUACCGGAGAAAUGAUGCCAACUGCUCCGGGGAGGACGCAGCACCCCCCGACGAGAAGUACACCCCCUUCAAGGAGCGCUAUGACGUGCUGUCCUGGGAGGUCUCGAGGAAGCUGCUGUGGUGGCUGCGGCCGCGCCUGAUCCUCAGCGGCCACACGCACAGCGCCUGCGAGGUCCAGCACAGGGCAGGCGUCCUGGAGGUCAGUGUGCCAUCUUUCAGUUGGAGGAACAGAAACAACCCCAGUUUCAUCAUGGGCAGCGUCACGCCCAUGGACUACGCCCUUGCCAAGUGCUACCUGCCGCGCGAGGACACGGUUCUGACCACGUAUUGUGUGGCAGCUGGGUGCCUCAUGCUCAUCACGUUAAUCCCCACUGGGCUUGUGUCUGCACCUUUUCAUUUUGGUCAGAGGGUGCUCAGAAAAUUUAAGACCAUGUGAGUUAGCAGCAGACUUUUGCUCUUAGCCAUAGUGUCCCAAAGCCAAAGAAAAUAAACUUUGGGGGGUGCUCAUGGACGUUGAGACUAUAGUGGGCCGUAAGCACCACUCCUGGGUUCCGGAUCACUUGUGUCAGGCCCUGCAGGAUCAGUGCUGCUCCCAAGCUGCAAAAAUGGGACCUGUCUCUACAUCGGGUCUGUCUGCUUGUUUAUCAAUGUGUGUGUUAUCAGAGACUCUGUACAGUGUGCAGAAGCUGCGUGUGAUCACUGGCAUGCACUGGACAGCCUCCCUUUCCCAGGACUCUUCCCCAGAACGGAGGGCCAGCUGUACACAUAUGUGGGGUCUGCGUCUGUCCUCCUGUGAAUGUUCUCAAGUUUCUGUUUUAUAAAGUUGUGUGCUUAAAAUAAAAUACAGAUGGUACAAGCAAGAA